AUGGCUGAACUGAACAAACCCACGUCGGUGGAAGAAGAGGACGACGACUCGUCGGUGGCCAGCUCGCCAUUCGACGACGGAGGCUUUUCGGACAGUUUAGACUCCGUGGGCGGUGCUGCCAGCGAUGGUCAGGAAUCAUCGUCAGCCACUGUCUCAGCUGUUGUAGAGGGUCACCCGUUUUCCCCAGGAGCAGCAGUGGCAGCAACUGCAGCAACGGAAGCGACCACUGCACCAGAUGAGCCGCCCGACCUCAGCGUGGCAGGUCCGUCAAUGAGCAAUGAAGAGCAGCAUGGCUAUCACCUGCGGAGGCACCUUCCGCGGCCCCCAAACGCGUUCAUGCUGUUCGCAAUGGAGAACAGGCGAUCGGUGGCUGCUGAGAACCCUAACGAGGACAACCAGUGUGUGAGCACCCGACUGGGUAAAUUGUGGCGUUCUCUCAGCGCGGCCGCUAAAGAAUCUCAUCGGCGCAAGGUGGCCAUAGCAGCAGCAAUCCACCGAAUCAAAUAUCCUGGCUACGUCUACAACCCACGCGAGGCACACCAACGCAAGGAGCAGGAGCACAUAGCCAAGGCGAUUGUCAGCAAAGUGAAGCAGGAGCCUUCGGAAGACCAGGAGCUGGAAGCACAGAGCACCUCUGCAUCCCUGGGUCCAAGUGCUGCUGUAUUGCAGCCCCUACCACGGCCUCCACAAUCACCUUCCCCGCUGCCACUCCGGCUCAGGCGGUGGGCAACCACUGCUACCCUGGCCAGCACUCAGGCCGACGCGGUGCUGUGCUGGCCAGUUAUUGCGGCUGCCACACCUCCAGCCCUGGCUCCACCACUGCCUUAUGUGCUGCCCGCGGCCGUGGCUCCUGCAAUGGUCGAACCCCACUUCGCCUUGCCAGGUCCACAGAUGCAACUCCCCAGGCCGGAAGUAGCAGCCAGACCUGGUCCGAUGCAGUUCUUCCACAUGAUGCAG